AUGGUGGUGACACGCUCGCAGAACGGUGAUCGACCGAUCCCUCCAACUCGGGUGUUCGACGAGCCACCAGCUUCACCUUCCAUCACCACGGACUCUGUCGCCCCAUCCACGGUGGCGCUUUCCGCGCCAUCGUUCCUGCCAGCCGUAUCCUCCACGGCUACUCCAUCCACGGCCGCACCCGCGGUUUCAUUCCCCCUCGCCGGGCCGUCUGACGCACCGCUCUACCGCCCUAUGGUAGCCGGUCGCGAGACGGGGCCGCGAGGGACCUCCGUCGCCCAUUCCGACGUGUCCUCACGCAUGCGCCUGGCCCAGAUCGCUGCAGAUGAGCAGCUCACCCAGCUGGCGCGAGCUAAGCUUCAGAUCGAACGUAAAGAGAUCGAGCUGCAAGAAGCGCAAGUUCAGCGCCGCCUCGCGCUCGACAUGGAAGAACUGAGCAGCCAAGGCAGUGUCCGCGGUGCGAACAGUGUUUGUGCCGCAGAGGCCUUGGACGACUGGGUGAACCAGACAACAGUUAAUGUUAGUGAACGUCGUGAUGCUAACUAUUCGCGUCGCGACGCUGAAGUGAGUGACACAGUGAAUGUUAAUGUAACAGUGAGUGAAAGUGAACGUCGCGACGCCAGUGCCCACUAUGUGCGCCGCGAAAAUAUUCCUGUGCAUGUGAGUGAAAGUGAACGUCGCGACGCCAGUGCCCACUAUGUGCGCCGCGACAAUAUUCCUGUGCAUGUGAGUGAAAGUGAAUGUCGCGACGCCAGUGCCCACUAUGUGCGCCGCGACAAUAUUCCUGUGCAUGUGAGUGAAAGUGAACGUCGCGACGCCAGUGCCCACUAUGUGCGCCGCGACAAUAUCCCAGUGCUUGUGAAUGACAGUGAACGUCGCGACGCCAGUGCCCACUAUGUGCGCCGCGACAAUAUCCCAGUGCUUGUGAAUGACAGUGAACGUCGCGACGCCAGUGCCCACUAUGUGCGCCGCGACGAUGUACCAGUGCCAGUGAAUGUGCGUGAACAUCGUGAGGAGUGUUAUGGUUCCCGCCCCGCCUGUGCUCCACCACUGACUCAAGCCGACGCCGGGCCCAGAAUGGGCUACGCCUCCUACCCCACGUUCCCGCAAGUUUUCCCGGGUGAGUUCCCCACUUUCACUGGUAACGAUGGAGCCGGAGUUGGAUGGCUGCAAUUCCGCGCCGCAGUCACCGACGCAGAAAGGAUGUACGGGCUCACCCGGUAUGAACUUAUUACUAAGCUCCGCCGCUGCAUACGGGGGGAGGCGAGUCGCAAUAUCGACUAUCUGUUGCUGAAGGACGACGCUGACCCGUAUGAGGUACUAUCUUACCUAGAGAUGGAAUACGGAUGUCCGGAGUUUUUCAUAGAUACCGCUCUGACCCGGCUACAUUCCCUGCGCGCACUGAAGGCGCAGGCGUCUUCUAAGGACAUUUCCUCCUUUGCAUCCACCGUGUGUCGUGUAGAGCAUACAUUGAGAACGCAAGACAACGACCACGGCUACCUGACAAACCCUAUCAUGAUGCAGGAUGUAGUAUCGAAACUAGGACCUGAUUUCACCCGGCCCUGGUUCCUCUACUGCGACGCUCAUCGCCAUGAAGGUAAAGCGCGCUUUUCCCUGUUGGCUGAUUUCCUGAAAGAGCAAGCGUCGAUAACGGCGAGAAAUACGGUGUCCGUGAACAACCCGUACUCGGCACUCUUCAAGGCUGCUCCACCGCGUCAGCCUACCCCAGCACGCCAGCCUGCUCCCUUCCGCCAACCUGCUCCUUACCGCCAACCUGUCCAGUAUCGCCAGCCCGCCCCGUACCACCAGUCGACGCAGCCCCGGGAUUUCAUCGCGGUCGCUGCAGAACAGGUACCGCGCUGUCGCUGCUGCGGUGGCAGCCACGCACUGACUAGAUGCAAGAAGCUGCUAGCAAUGGAAGUCCACCAGAGAUGGGAGUGGAUGAAGGAGUCCAAUCUCUGUUUCCGAUGUCUUGGUGAGAAACACACUCAAGACCAAUGCAAGGCGCCGCAGUGCAACCUCGAUGGCUGCACCCUUCCCCACCACCGACUCCUGCAUGGAAAGUCGCGGGCGCCAACCGCGCCGCCUCCGCUGGCACCCCAGACGUCUGGCCAGACGUCAGCCCAGCCAGAGCCCCGAUCACCACACUCGACAUCCUCACAGUCGAGAAGGUAUAGACGCCGCUCCCGUACGGGGGGAGCCACCUCCCGUGCGCCGGAGAACCAAGUCCCUGGUGUCGCCCCGACAUCAGCUCCGCAGCCCGAGCAAGUAAAUACUGCAUGUUCCUCUUCCCUUCCAAACGUGCUGCUGAAGGUGUGCAAGGUCACCCUGACCGGACCCUCCGGCAGCGUGGACACUUAUGCGCUGCUGGACGAAGGCUCCACGAUCACCCUGAUCGAUGAAGAACUCGCCGAGGAAAUCGGCGCGACCGGCCCCCAGAAGCCCCUGCGUGUUCGAGGCCUGAAUGCCACCCAAGGUGACUCCAGGAGCCACCUCGUCACCUUCUCCGUACAAGGUACUUCCAACGAAAAGUACCGCAUAGAAGCGCGUACUUUUUCCAGGCUACAGCUGCGGAAGCAAUCCGUGCCGCAAGAGGCCCUGAAUUUUCCCCACCUCCGAGGCAUGGAUGACCUGACCUACGAGGACGCUACACCACGCCUGCUAAUAGGGAUGGACCAGUGGCCGUUGAUGGUUUCACAUGACCUCCGCACCGGCAACAGAGACCAACCAGCCGCCUCCCUUACCCCCCUCGGCUGGAUCGUCCACGGUCUUCUGCCCCGCCGUUUCCUGCAGUCACGAGAGGACACCGUGCUGCACGUCCACACAACUUCUGAGAGUUCCUGCGGUUCCGACCUCCACCUGGAGGCGCUGGUCAGGCACCAUUUCGCUGUGGACGCUCUGGGAGUUGCUGCCUUCCGAAAGGAGCUUCCCGAGCACAAGAGAGCUCGGGAGUUGUUCGAGGGGUCGGUGCGACGGGUUGGCGGACGUUUUGAGGUCGGCCUUCCCUGGCGUCGGGAGGGACAGCACAUGCCGGAGAACUACCAAUCCGCCUUACGUCGACUGCGUGCGAUCGAGCGAAAGAUCGACCGGGAUCCCGUGUUCGGGUCGGCGUAUGAAAAGCAAAUGGAUAACCUCUUCACCAAGGGUUACGCCGUACCUGCCGAUGGCUCAGAGGCCUCUCAUCCCCGCAGGUGGUACCUCCCUCACUUCGCGGUGCACAAUCCUAAUAAGCCCCGAAAGCUGCGUGUGGUGUUCGACGCCGCCGCUACCGCCGGAGGGAUUUCAUUAAACAAUUGUCUCUUGGAAGGCCCGGACCUCUUGCUAUCGCUUCCUGGAGUACUUUUCCGAUUUAGAGAGCUGCCCAUCGCGGUAUGUGCAGACAUAGAAGAAAUGUUUCUGCGCAUUCAAAUCCGGCCAGAGGAUCAGCCUGCACAGAUGUUCCUAUGGAGAGGCAGCGACCGCUCGAGCCCUCCUCGGCAGUUCCGUAUGGCAUCAAUGCUUUUCGGUGCUACCAGUUCCCCGUUCCUGGCCCACAGCGUGCGCAACAGGAAUGCAGAAGACUUUGCGGCCAGCCACCCGUUGGCACACCGGGCCGUAACUCAGAGUCACUACAUGGACGACUUUGUAGACAGUUUUAAUUCCCCCGAAGAGGCAAGAGAAGUAGUGGACCAGUUGAGGCACGUACACGCUCAAGCGGGCUUUAGCUUGAGAAGCUGGAGUAGCAGCGACCCUGCGGUGCUGAGGGACGUGCCAGAGGAGCUCCACGCACGCCAACCCGCUAUGCUGCCUGUCGGUAGUAGCUGCGAUUCCAAGAUCCUGGGACUGCUGUGGGACGCAGCCCGGGACCAACUCGCGUUUUCCACGAGCAUGUGCAGGGUGCCCACUGAAGUACGAGCCCAGGCUCGCGCCCCUACGAAGAGGGAGGCGCUGAGCGCAGUUAUGUCCAUCUUCGAUCCCCUGGGCCUACUCAGCCAUUUUUCAAUAACAGCUAAGAUAUUGCUGCAAGAUCUGUGGCGCAUGCGACUCGACUGGGACGAGCCGCUUCCGGAGGAGGAGGCUGCCACAUUCGGGCGGUGGCUCCGCGCCCUAGACGAACUAGAUUCGUUACAGAUUACUAGAUGCUACGACCCGACACAGGGUCACCGGCAGCUGCACGUUUUUUGCGACGCCAGUGAGGUGGCUUACGCCGCUGCCGCGUACUGGCGCGUGGAACACCCCGAUGGCAGCAUCGCCGUAACUCUCGCCGCCGCCAAGUCAAAGGUGGCGCCCAUAAAGGCGCUCAGCAUCCCACGGCUGGAGCUACAAGCGGCGGUGAUCGGGACCCGCCUCGCAGACAUGGUGCAGAGGGAGCACCGCUGGAAGCCAGAGUCCGUCCACUACUGGACCGACUCCAGGACGGUGCUCCAGUGGAUAGCAAAGGACGCCCGUCGCUACUCCCCUUUCGUGGCGCACCGACUCGGAGAGAUCGCCGAGUACACGGAAGCAGAGGCCUGGAGGUGGGUACCCACGGCGAUGAAUGUCGCCGACGACGCGACCCGCCCCAAUUUUUCCCCGGGCACGAGCACCAACCGGUGGUUCGUCGGCCCGGACUUCCUCCGGGGACCGGACUCGGAGUGGCCGGCCCCCAUUCAACCAUCAGAAGAGAGCGCGGAGACCUACGCCAGCCAUGCCGUUCCCAUUUCCCCAUACCUUCCCGACAUUUCCCGCAUAUCGCGGUACGAGACUCUGGUGCGGGCCACUGCUGUUGUGCUCGCAUUCCUAGACCGAUGUCGCAAGCGGGCCCAGCAAGUGGAGCUGCGCCACAUCGAGAGGGCCGAGCGGCUGUGGGUGCAGCAGGUGCAGGCGGAGAGCUUCGCCACGGAGAUAGAGUGCCUGCGCCACGGAAGUCCAAUUUCCCCCUCGAGCCGCCUGUUUCACCUGAGCCCAAUCCUGGAGGAUGGUGUGCUGCGGCUGGACGGCCGCAUCUCCGCGGCAACCGCACCCCCUGCCGCCAAGCGGCCCAUCGUCCUAGACGGCCGUCACCUUUUCACCACCCUCCUCGUGCAGCGAGAGCACGAGGCCGCCCAGCACGCUAACAACGAGCGGGUGGUGAACAACCUGCGACAGAAAUAUCACAUCCUACAUCUGAGGCCGACGGUCAAGAGAGUCGCCCGGAGCUGCGCCCGCUGCAUGGUGACGCGCUCCAUGCCCAGAACCCCACCAAUCGGAGACCUGCCGCGUGCCAGGCUGGACCCCUUCACGCGGCCUUUUUCAAACUGUGGGGUGGACUAUUUCGGCCCCAUGGUUGUCACCGUCGGCCGACGACACGAGAAGAGGUGGGGAGCCCUCUUCACCUGCCUCACCACCCGCGCCGUCCAUCUUGAACUGGUGGCCAGCCUUUCGGCGGACUCCGCCAUCAUGGCCCUGCGCCGGAUGGCAGCACGACGCGGAUGGCCGAAGACCAUAUACAGCGACAACGGCACCAAUUUCCGAGGUGCCGACGCCGAGCUGCGGGCCGCCUACGCCGACUGGGAGCCGGCCUUCCAAGAUGAAGCCCUGCGCCACCGGACAGAGUGGCGCUUCAUUCCCCCGGGCGCCCCGAACCAGGGUGGAGCCUGGGAGCGACUGGUCCGCUCCGUCAAGACCGCCCUCAAGGCUGUGCUCCACCAACAAUUUCCCAGGGAGGAGCUGCUGCAGACGCUCCUGGCGGAGGCCGAACACAGCGUCAAUUCCCGGCCGCUGACCCACGUCUCGGUCGAUCUGAGAGAUCCCGAGGCAUUGACCCCCAACCAUUUCCUGUUGGGGUCAUCGGAAGGCCUACCAUCAACCGGACCCUGCCAGCCAACCGACCUGCGCGCCUGGCGACGCGUGCAAGCGCUCGCCGACUCUUUCUGGCGCCGUUGGGUACAGGAGUACCUGCCUACACUGGUUCCGCGCUCCUCUUCCCCAUCCACGGAGCGCAACCUGCAGGUGGGAGACCUGGUCAUCGUAGUGGACCAUUCCCUGCCACGAAACACCUGGCCCCGAGGCAGAGUGGUAGCCACGUUCCCGGGACCGGAUGGUGCCGUCCGCAGCGCCAGCGUGCAGACGAAGGGAGGAGUUUUCCGGCGGCCAGCCACCCGACUGGCCGUCCUUAAUACAGAAACCGCCCAAGGUGCGAAUUCCCCGCCGUCCUCCAAUUAA